AUGUCCAACAAUCCCGUGUUGAUGAGAGAAGUUCGACUUUUCGAUAAUCAUUCUGAAAGAGAACAGGUUGGCGAUUUUUUUGGAGAAAAAUCUGGAAUUUUCAGCCUAAAAUUCAGAAAAUCAUGCAAUUUUGAACUAGAAAAUCCGGGAUUUUCAGCCUAAAUAUGAGCUGAAAAUCCUGGAAAAUUGUGAAAUUUUGAAAUUUUUCUUCUUGAAAAAUUCACUGUUUCAAAACAAUUGUAUAAUUUGAAGCUCCAGAAGACAAAAACUUUCACGAGUUUUGCAAUUUUCUAAUUAAAAAUCAUCGAAUUUCAGUUCUAACACAUGAAAAUACAGAUUUUCAAGCUCUUUCAGCCAAAAAAACAAGUUUUUUCAUGAUUUUCAGAGUUUUUGAGCUCGAAGAGCUGAAAAUCAAGAUUUUCGAUUAUUUUUACAUGAAAAAUUAGAAUUUUCACAAAUUUGAAGCUCCAGAAGCCGAAAAACAGGAUUUUCAUGAUUUCCAGAAGAAUUUCAGAGUUUUUGAGCUGAAAAUCAAGAUUUUUACAUGAAAAAUUAGAAUUUUCACAAAUUUGAAGCCCCAGAAGCCGAAAAAACAGGAUUUUCAUGAUUUUCAGACAGAAUUUCAGAGUUUUUGAGAUCCAAGAGCUGAAAAUCGGGAUUUUUACGAUUAGAAAUUAGGGUUUUAUAAAUUUGAAGCUCCAGAAGCCGAAAAAACAGGAUUUUCAUGAUUUUCAGAAGAAUUUCAGAGUUUUUGAGCUCCAAGAGCUGAAAAUCAACAUUUUUACAUGAAAAAUUAGAAUUUUCACAAAUUUGAAGCUCCAGAAGCCGAAAAAUCUGUUAUUUUCACGAUUUCCAGCUCAAUUCAGAGUUUUUGAGCUCCAAGAGCUGAAAAUCAAGAUUUUCGAUGAUUUUUAUAUGAAAAAUUAGAAUUUUUACAAAUUUGAAGCUCCAGAAGCUGAAAAAACAGGAUUUUCAUGAUUUUCAGAAUUUCAGAGUUUUUGAGCUCCAAGAGCUGAAAAUCAAGAUUUUUACAUGAACAAUUAGGGUUUUCAUAAAAUUGAAGCUCCAGGAGCCGAAAAAUCUGAUUUUUUCAUGAUUUCCAGCGCAAUUUAGAGUUUUUGAGCUCCAAGAGCUGAAAAUCAAGGUUUUCGAUGAUUUUUAAAUCCAAUUUUUCACCAAAAUUCCAAAUUUUCAGAUGGAAAAUCUGUCGGAACUCUUCGCCGUUCUCAAUGCUUUGGAAUGUCUCGAGAAAAUGUUCAGUCGUGAUCAUGUUUCAGCUGAUGAAUACAAAACCGAAUGUUUCAAAUUGAUCGAUCAAUAUAAGGUGGCGAUGCGAUUGGUGCAAGGUACGGUAGUUUUUGGCGCGAAAAUUUGCCAUAUUUUGACACCAAAUAUGACUUAUUUGAAUGAUCCUUUAAAGUUAACUACGGUAUGUGCAAACACUGUUGCAUAUACCGUAGUUAAAGGGCUAAGCAUUACAAUCAUAUUUAGUAUAAAAAAAUCGCAAAUUUUUCGAUCUACAGUACCCCCGAUUUUUAAAGGCGCAACAAACGUCGAAGAAUUCGCCAAAAAAUAUCGAUUACAUUGCCCGGCUGCGUUGGAGCGAAUUCGAGAAGGUCGACCGAUUACGGUCAAAGAUGAUCAGGGAAAUAUUUUGAAAAAUAUUGCGUCGAUUGUUGAGGUGAGAUUACUGUAGAUUUUGGCGCAUUUUUUGAUAGUAAAUAUGUAAGCCUAGGAUGAGGGUUACUGUAUGUAGAUCCAGUUUUGGCGCCAAAAAAAUCGUAAUUUUCUCCUUCCAGAUUUUCAUCACAUGCUGUGAUCAGCUGAAAUUGAAUGUUCGAGCCGUCGAUGAUCUCUAUCCAUACAUCAAUGAUUUGUACAAUGCAAUCAAUGCGACAGAGUCGAUUUGCCAAACGACACUACGAAGUUACGUCGAAAGUCAAAAAAUGGUGAGAGUGCGAAAAUUUGGGGGAAAUGAGGGAAAUGAGCUCUGGGAGCUUGAAAAUUAUCGAUUUUCCAUCAAAAAAUCGAUGAAAAUUCAGAUUUUUGAGCAUAAAAUCACCGGAAAAUUCCCAUUCCCCAACCAAAAACCCUGCCGAAAUUCCCUUCAGGCACGAUCGCCUUUCAUCAAUGGCCGCUUCUGA